CUAAAGUACCCGAACGAGGAUGAGGAUAUUCUCAUGCUGCGCUCAAUCAUUGACGUCAACCUGCCCAAAUUUCUCAAUCACGACAUUCCUCUCUUUAACGGCAUUACUUCUGACUUGUUCCCCGGAGUAAAGAGGCCAGUGCCUGAUUACGACAUCCUGAACACUGCAAUCAGGAAUGCUUGUGAAAAGACCAACCUUCAGUGCACCGAGUUCUUCAUGGAGAAGAUCCAACAGAUAUACGAAAUGAUGAUAGUAAGACAUGGAUUUAUGAUAGUUGGAGAGCCGUUUGGAGGCAAGACCAGUGCCUAUCAAACAUUGGGUCAGGCGCUUGGUGAAAUCUGUGAUAAGGCGAGUUAA